AAUUCUCACUUCAUCACUCCUUCAACUCCUGAAAUCAGAAUGAAUCAAUCCGAGCAGAAUUCCUUAUCCGUGGAGAAAACUUCACAGCCUUCAUCAGGUCCCUACACACUGCCACCGCCGAUUGGUUAUCCUACUAGAGAUGCGAUGGUGGGUGAUCCUCCGGCAGCAGCAGUGGAGACCAAAUCCAAGGGCGUCGAAAAAGCAACGAAAAUUGUAGAAAAUACUGGUAAAGGUAUUGAGGCAUGUUGCGAAUGUCUCCUGUGUUGCUUAUCAUAAUCAACAGGAUGAGACUGAAGUCGUUCACGAAAUCAGAAAAACAACGUACGUAAUAUAUAGAAAUUAAAGAACCAUCCAUCAGUAUCUUAUUAUCUAUAUUAUUCGUUUGUAAGGACUCCCACGUACAUUGCAUAUUUUAAGUUUAUUUCCUUCAUUGUUUGAAAGGGAUCCAUGAUUCUUCA